AUGAAGACAAGGAAGUGGACUUGGUUGACAGGCUUUUUAGGGUAUGAUCCCGUCGAGAAACAACACAAGGUGUUGGCAAUGACCAGCCGAAAUGAUAGAUCGAAGGAGCAUCAGGUUCUCACGUUGGGAACUGGGAACCUGACUUGGAGAAUGGUAAAAUGUGGGAAACCUCAUCCUUUUCCGGAGGUUUAUGCAUCAAUGGGAUCUGAGAAGUACAGCUUUGUUAAACCACCCCCGGAAAGAAAUUUAAAGAUGGAAAAGCUGAUCAACUUCCAAGGUAAAUUGGCUUCAGUAAGGUCCAGAAUCUUUGAUAGUGAAGAAAGUUUAAGUUUAGAGAUUUUGAUUCUAAAAGACCCUAAAAAGCAUGAAUGGGCCAUACGUAUUUUCAAUCUACCUCCUAUGUGGAAGGACGGAGCUGCAGGGAAGUACUUAGACGUUGUUGGAGUUACUGCUACAAAUGAAUUAGUUUUGUCACCUCGCUUUCCAUCCUACCUUUACUACUACAAUUUCGUCAGCGAAGAUAUAUCAAGAGUUGAUAUCCGGGGAAUUGGAGCGUUUGAGAAGGAACCUAGAGCUCACGUAAUACUGAACCAUGUUGAGGAUGCCAAGAUUAUGGAAUUGUUUUAG